AUGAGGGCUGAAAUUACUGACUUCCUUCGCACGAUCCUUGAAACCACCUGGAAACCCCCUUCAACUGGGGUCAUCAAGGUGAACACUGACGCUGCCAUUAUUCCUCCUGCUGCUGUGGGGUUUGGUGGGGUGAUGGGUGACCAUAUGGGUGAUGUUGUUGUUGCUAUGUGUAUGAAGAUGGAAGGACGUUUUGAGGUUGAUGUCAUUGAAGCAAUGGCUAUGAGGCACGCAUUGCAAGUCACGAUGGAGUCGGGUUUCUCGAGUGUUUGUUUGGAGACAGAUUGCUUCAAACUCUACUCUCACCUGUCGAAGGCAACAGUCACCACCAACGCUUUUGGGAGGAUUGUCAAUGAUAUUCUUAUGUUAGCUCGCUCGUGCCAGGCAUGUUCUUUCUCUUUUGUGAAGCGCUCAGGCAAUAAGGUGGCACAUAGCUUAGCCAAGUUAUGUACUACUUAUUUUGAUUUUACAGUUUGGUUGGAGGAAUAUCCUCAUGAUGUAUCUGAACUAGUUUUGGCUGAUUUAAGCCAAAUUGAUGUUUAA